AACUCCUUUAAAAACCCAGGGAAAAGAAACCGCCCAUCACACACCCCAGCACACCAGCGGAGGAAACUUAUAACCUCAGGAGGCAGAUCCCUCCCCUCACUGCGGUCACAUACCUCCAGAAGAGCGGACCAGGCAGCUGCCAGCUCGGGCCACUUACAGUGUCUGCCUCUGUCACCAGAUCCUCCAGAACUCUCUUCACUAACGAGUCACUAGAAAAGCCAGGAUGUUGGUGCUACUGGCUGGCAUUUUUGUGGUCCACAUCGCCACUGUUAUUAUGCUCUUUGUUUCCACCAUUUCCAAUGUUUGGGUGGUUGGCCUCAAUAGUUCCAUAUUUUUCAAUGGAUCUGCAGGUCUUUGGAAAAACUGUUCUGAUGGUAAUUGCGGUGACCUGUUAUACGGACAUGAAGGUGCCCUGAAGAGUUCGCAAGCCUUCAUGAUCCUGUCUAUCAUCUUCUCUGUUGUCGCCCUCAUGGUCUUCAUAUUCCAACUCUUUACCAUGGAAAAGGGAAACCGGUUCUUCCUCUCGGGCGCCUCCAUGCUGGUGUGCUGGCUGUGUAUUUUGAUUGGAGUAUCCAUCUACACUAAUCGCUACACCAAUGCAGAAGCGACCUUUCCAAGCUCAACCAUCCACCAUGGCUACUGCUUCAUCUUGGCCUGGAUCUGCUUCUGCUUCAGCUUCAUCAUUGGCAUUCUCUAUCUGGUCCUCAGGAAGAAAUGAGGCUGAACCAGCAUUUGGGAUAUCUGGGGGGUGGGGAAGAAGAAGCAGUCGAAUCUGGGAGGGAAGUGGAAGUCACUGUGUGGGAAAAACCAAGGAAAGGGAGGGGUUCAGGGAGGGGGAAGGAAGAGUGGGAGAGGUCCAAACCCAAACCAUUCCUGGGAAGAUUCUCUACUGUUAAGCCCCUGCCUUGGGAGGAAGUCAUUAGCUUGUGUUUGAUGAUCCCUUGUUGCAGCCAGAAAACCUCCGUGUGCUGUCAGACUUGGCUUCCAGCUGUCCUUAGUUACAUGUAUGACUUGGGGCCCCAUUAGCUGCCACAUCACUGGCUUGACUUCUGGGGUGAAUUCUGAGUCAGGCCCUGAAAUCUUGAAGACUUACUACACCAAGUACAAAUAGCAAACAGUGGUACAAGUUCUGGCAAGAGCAGGUCCUGUCUCUGGGCUAUGUUAAGCCUGGAAGCCACCCUGCCUUUGUACCCAAGGCAGAAACAUCACAUUCCCAUCUGAAAGUGCCUAUAGGAGACUUUUGGCCAGGGAGCCACUAUGCCUCUGUAGACCAGAUAUUUAACUCCAUGGAAUUCAGCGACAUCUGUGACAAAAGGGGAAGCAGAGAGAUAAUUUAUAAGGCCAAGUCCACCGGUGGGUUAGCUAAUCCAAGAGGACUUUUCCCCACAGAAGGACUGGGGAGGGGCAGAACCCAGCCAAACCUCACAGCCACUCCUCACAGGGUCCUCUUGUUGUGGACCUUGUCAGGCUCUAGCUUAAAGCCAAGGCAGCUCUUCUGGAAUUUCUCUAGAGCCACUGAUGAUCAAUUCAGUAGUGAAAGCACCACACAAACUGUAGGAUCAAGGGCACUCUUAUCUAGUACUAUAUUAAGGUUAUAUUUUUUUGAAUUACCCUCAAUGCGGGCAACAUUUCUUGUAAAUAUAUAACAAGAGAGAGAUGGAUAGGGCUCCUCGUGACAUGAUUCUGUUACUCUUCCUCUGGAUUGUAACUUCUGAGGAAGCUUUAUCUAAUCCAUUUUGGAGAUUAGGGCUUCUGGGCUUGGUGGUCACUCACACUUUGACACUGGCUGGAGUGGUGACUUCUCAGAGGCCAUGCCUCCUUCCCAGGUGAGGGCAUGAUAAUUUAGGAAGCUAAUUCACACACACACACACACACACACACACACACACACACACACCAAAACCAAUCAACAGAUCCUUGGGUGAAAGGUGCUAUAUAAUUGUGAAGUAUUAAGCAUACCAUAUUUUAGUUGUGAGAAAAAUGGAGUAUUUGUUUGGGGGGGAUCCUAUGAAAUUAAUAAAAAUACAGGUGAUGGAGAGAUGAUGUUUUUUAAAAAAAAAGUACCAAAAAUUGUUGGGGUACCUGGUCAGACUGUAUUUGAGCUGUCUGUGGCCAUUGGAGCCUUUCUUUAUAGGCCUUAGAAGUAUACACUAUUGCUGGUUUUGCAGGCAGCUCUCUACCCCAGAGCAGCUAUUUUAAGCCAUCUCAAAUUCUGCCAAUAGGGGUCUUUUGUGGAAGGCAUUCUUUUUACUGCUUACAGAAGAUCUCCCUGGAAAGAAUCUGAGAUAUCUUGCCUACUUUCUCUCCUCUAGCAUUCUCCUCAUUCAUUUCUUAUAUACCUUUCUUUCACGGGGAGUUGUUGUGGCAUAAUUGCUGAUAUGUAUGUAAAGGGACUAUUUACUAAAUAUAUUUCUUUGUGCUUAUUAUGUUAAGGGAAUGGGAAAGGCUAUAUUACCUGACCUGAGAGUAGGAAGAUCAACCAGAAAAGAAAUCAUGGGAGUAAUGAACCUUUAAAUUAUGAUUUGAUUAUCACAUGAUUAUGGAAGACUGUAUUAUGGGCAAAAACAUACCUACAUAUCAGAUAUAUCCAAAGAGAUAUUUUCAUUUUGUUAAAAAGUUCAAUUAUGGCUGGAGUGACCAUGUAUUCCUUUGUCUUUUGCUUUUCUUUCUGUGACAUUUAUGUCUCAUGUAAUUUGCAUUGCAUUGGUGGGAUGUUCUAGUACUGUAUUUGGCUUCAUUAAUAGAUUUUCAUAUACUAUAAUUGUAAAUAUUUUGAUACAAAUGUUUAUAACUCUAGGGAUAUAAAAACAGAUUCUGAUUCCCUUCA